AUGAGUUCAUUCGCUCGAUCCAUCGCGGGGAGACCAUCAUUGAGGAGCUAUUGCAAUGGUUCUAGUGAGUGCUUUCGCUUCCUUGACUUUUUGGGGUCCAGCAACUAAACACGCUUCUCUGAUCCGUUUAGGACCGCUUCGGUCUUCCUUCGACGAGGUCUCGCCGAACCCGUCAACCUCGAUGAAGUCCUACCUGAAGAUCACGAGGAGAAGAUGUUCUUCCUCUGCGAGGUCGAGAUCUCGUCACGUACCACCAAAGGAAGCGUGCCAAGCAAAACCAAGUCAUGUGCCGCAAGUUCGCCGGCGACAUUGAUGCCGAUGAUCCUGUGAUUGUCGAAGGAGAUGGUGAGUACUUUAAUUGACAUCAGGCUGAGCGAUGUUCACUAACGAAGCUGCUCUUUUUUCUGCGCAGGGAAAGGAAAUUCGAAACUCGAGCCUUUCGCCGAAUCGCGCCCUCGGCCCGUCACUUUGCUCGAACUCGUCUGA